UUAUUCUGCGGCCCAGCAUGGCAUUUCUGCACCCACCGUCUCGCUCGCACCAGAGUCUCCACUUCCACGCACUAGCAGAGGAGGGUUGUUUUGCAGAUUGGUGUUUUUAAUUGCACCUGCCUUUCGGUUUACCUCUGGGAAUACGGGGGAGGAGCCGAGAGGGUGGAAAAUGUUGCUUGGCUUUGCAAAAGGAAGAAAACUUUGUCACUCAGCAGGAGACCUCCACGGCUGGUGACCCUGCGAGAGCUCAGCCCAGGACGGGCUUCCACUUUGAUCUGGCAUCGGACGACUCCGUAGAAGGAGGACGUUUGCGCUCCGCGCUGCCCGCCGACCGCGGGUUACCUGCCCCACCCUCCUGCCGCGCGGAAGUCCCCACGAGGCGUCUCGGAGUGCAAGGGCUGCGAUAAGACGCGCACGGCUGCGGGGCCGGCGGCAGCGGGCCGGAUCCCAGGGACGGCUCGCAGCGAUUAAACUUGUACUUAAAGUUAUGGGAAGUGCGGCCAUGGACACCAAAAAGAAGAAAGAUGUUUGCUGCCCGGGCGGGAGCGGCGGCAAGAAAAAUGCCCAGCAGAAGAGGCGUUCGCUGCGCGUGCACAUUCCGGACCUGAGUUCCUUUGCCAUGCCGCUCCUGGAUGGAGACCUGGAGAGCUCAGAAAAGCAUUCUUCUCGAAAGGUGGACAGCCCCUUCAGCUCGGGCAGCCCGUCCAAAGGGCUCUUCUCCAGAGGCCCCCAGCCCCGGCCCUCCAGCCCCGUGUCUGCUCCCGUGAGGCCCAAGACCAGCCCCGGCUCUCCCAAAACCGUGUUCCCGUUCUCCUACCAGGAGUCGCCUCCGCGCUCGCCACGCCGCAUGAGCUUCAGUGGAAUCUUCCGCUCCUCGUCCAAAGAGUCUUCGCCCAACUCCAACCCGUCUACCUCACCCGGGGGCAUCCGUUUUUUCUCGCGCUCCAGAAAAACCUCCAGCCUCUCCUCCUCUCCGUCAACACCUACCCAAGUGACCAAGCAGCUCACGUUUCCCCUCGAGUCCUACAAGCAAGAGCCUGAGCGAUUGGAGAACCGUAUCUACGCCUCAUCCCCACCUCCAGACACUGGCCAGAGGUUCUGCCUGUCCUUCCAGAGUCAGGCCAGGCCUCCCCUGGCCUCACCCACACACUAUGCUCCCACCAAAACUGCGGCGCUGGCGGCGGCCCCGGGACCCGCGGAAGCCGGCAUGCUGGAGAAAUUGGAGUUCGAGGAAGAAGCAGUAGAAGACUCAGAAAGUGGUGUUUACAUGCGAUUCAUGAGGUCCCACAAGUGUUACGACAUCGUCCCCACCAGUUCAAAGCUUGUUGUCUUUGAUACCACCCUGCAGGUUAAGAAGGCCUUCUUUGCGUUGGUAGCCAACGGUGUCCGAGCAGCACCGCUGUGGGAGAGUAAGAAGCAGAGUUUUGUAGGAAUGCUAACCAUUACAGAUUUCAUAAAUAUACUACAUAGAUACUAUAAAUCACCUAUGGUACAGAUAUAUGAAUUAGAGGAGCAUAAGAUUGAAACUUGGAGGGAGCUUUAUUUACAAGAAACAUUUAAGCCUUUAGUGAAUAUAUCUCCAGAUGCAAGCCUCUUCGAUGCUGUAUAUUCGUUGAUCAAAAAUAAAAUCCACAGAUUGCCAGUUAUCGACCCCAUCAGUGGGAAUGCACUUUAUAUACUAACCCACAAAAGAAUCCUCAAGUUCCUCCAGCUUUUUAUGUCUGAUAUGCCAAAGCCUGCCUUCAUGAAGCAGAACCUGGAUGAGCUCGGAAUAGGAACGUACCACAACAUUGCCUUCAUACACCCAGACACUCCGAUCAUCAAGGCCUUGAACAUAUUCGUGGAAAGACGAGUGUCAGCCCUGCCUGUGGUGGAUGAGUCAGGAAAAGUUGUAGAUAUUUAUUCCAAAUUUGAUGUAAUUAAUCUUGCUGCUGAAAAAACAUAUAAUAACCUGGAUAUCACAGUGACGCAGGCCCUGCAGCACCGAUCGCAGUAUUUUGAAGGUGUUGUGAAGUGCAAUAAGCUGGAAACACUGGAGACCAUUGUGGACAGGAUAGUAAGAGCUGAGGUUCAUCGGCUGGUGGUGGUGAACGAAGCAGACAGCAUCGUGGGGAUCAUCUCCCUGUCGGACAUUCUGCAGGCCCUCAUCCUCACCCCGGCAGGUGCCGAACAAAAGGAGACAGAAACAGAAUGACCACCGUGGGUGUCGACGCCCUCACAGGAGAACUUGAACAAAGUCUCUGGGUCACGUUUGCCUCAUGAACACUGGCUGCGAUAGAAGAGCAGAAUGGCUAAGAAUGUAUAUCAGGGUUUAGCAAUGAGUAUUUUUUCCAGUGAUGUAAGCAUAAAAAAAAAAGAAAGAUUUUAUGUGCUUGAAGAUUCAGGCUUGCAUUAAGAGACUGCCCAGAUGCUGUCUGAAGGAUUUUAAAAUGCUGUAUGUCAUUAAAGUGCACUGUGUCCUGAACUUCGUAUUACUUUUCAUUUCCAAGAGUUCACUGGUGUGGAACAGCUGACGCAACGCCAGGUGAGUGUCCGGCGUGCUCGGAUCACAGUGCCUUCUGUGCGAAAGCAGGAGUAUGUCAUCGCUGUGCCCGCCGAGGGCCGCCCCCGGGGACACCGAGCUCGAAUGUGGAAGGCUUCGAACCUCUUACCAAAUCCGUUUGUUUUUCUUAGAUUUGUUGGAAAGCUGUAAUUUGAAUAUAAAUAAUCACUUUAAAACCCUGAUGGCACUUGUCCAAGUGUUAUGUCGGGAGGGAGGAGCUACCAUGUAAACCAGGCUGCUUCGCAACAGCUUUAUUUAUUUUUACUUUCGUGCAGUUUUUUUUACACAUCUUCCGGUGGGUGAAUUUCACCAUAUCCAUGAAUAAACUCCUGGUUGUUAUUUU